GGAAUUAUCACAUAUAGGUACUGAUAACUAUCUCUACUGACUGGAUACUCUAUGCACCUUAUGCACGUUGGUAUACAUGUGAUGUGUUUGGUAAGUCAAUGGAUUCUUCUUGGGGCCAUUGGUCUGCUGCUGCUGGGCGUACGACUAUCCGCUUCUCCAGAUUGCAACAUUGAUGCCCUCGACGUGGCCCUGGGGUUGGCUGGAUCUGCAGUUACAUUCAAGCAUCAAGCUCUGCUACUCUGCUAGUCCGACCCUGGUAUCGGCUGCGCAAGGGUAAGCGAGGCCCCAGCAUCCAGCCAUUCGGUGACGGCUAUUUUCGUUGCCUGCUUCUGCCAGUCUCGUCGCUGUCAUUGUGGCAGGCUGUGAUUCGCAUUUGGGGCCCCCUAUCGCAUCUGACGAGUUCAAUACAUAUAGCAGAAGGCCUUGCCUUGCCUCUUCCGUACAGUCGUGCCUCUGCCCCUCUGGCGCCGGGUCGGAGAGGCUCCGACUGGCCCACGAAUCCCGCAGAAGUCAGGCGAUAUAAUGGACGAGAUGCUGCUCACUCACACUCGUAUAUUACAAGUACAAGUUUUUUUUUUUUUUUUUU